GUCGCGGCGCGCGAGUGGUCGAACGUUCGCCGUUCGGUAUUCGAGAUGUUUUAAUUUGCUGGAGCGUGUGUUCGGUUUGUGACUACGAAUAUGUCCGAAUUGCGUGGUUCGCCUCCGAUGUCGCGGGGUUUGGAGGGUGGUUUUGGGGCUCCGCUGGCGGCACUGAGUUCUUUGGCGGAGGCGCCUCCUCCAGCGCCGAAUCCUCACGGGAUUGACCAUAUACUGUCGCGCCCAGCAGUGGGAUCUAACGUGGGUGCUGGGCUGUUGACGCCUCGGUUGUCUCUUGCGGCUGCGGCGGCGGGGAUGGCGCACUACCUUCAGCACAAGCCGCUCUACUGGCCUGGCUUCCAAGGGCUGGUCUCCAAUCCGAUGGCGUGGAGAGACCGGUUGCAGUCUAGUACAUGGGAUUUCAUGAGCAACGGAGCGCUAAGCGCGUGCGCAGCACAGUCCGGUGGGGUAGACAAGGACGGCAAGAAGAAACACACGAGGCCCACCUUCAGCGGGCAGCAGAUCUUCGCGCUGGAGAAGACCUUCGAACAGACCAAGUACUUGGCGGGGCCUGAAAGAGCCAAGCUUGCGUACGCGCUUGGCAUGACAGAGUCACAAGUUAAGGUAUGGUUCCAAAACAGAAGAACGAAAUGGCGGAAAAAGCACGCGGCCGAAAUGGCGACAGCGAAACGCAAACAAGAAGAGCUUGGCGAGGAGUGCGACGACCAGGAGCAACACGACAACGACGCUUGCAGCGACGAGGACGACGCCAAACGACCACGACUCGACAUGCACCACCAGCACAUACACCAGAUGCCCCACCACCGCCAGUGAUCGUGUGGAAGCGCGAGCGACGACGCUAACCACGUCAGCGCGCGCGCCGAACCACACGUCACCGAAAACUGCGUCAGCGACGUCAAAUACGACUACUUCAACGAAUACGUCGUGCCAAAAGCGUUCUGCAAAGAAACAAACGACGACGCGCCCUGCGAUCUCUCGAACUGGCACAAGUUCGAACGGAACCAGAGUGAGGUGGACAGUGAACAAGACUUGAACAACGAUGUUGACGAACAACCGAUCAACUUCGCGUACUAUCAUUUUUAAUGUGAAUAAUGUAGCUUUUAACUGUACAUAGUUCGGUUAGUCAUGUGAUACGUUAAGUAAUUUAUUACCGUUAGAUUUUACAUGGUACUAUUUUAAUGAAUUUGUGGUAAUUUUAAUAUAUUGUACAUUAUGAACAUUAAAUUCCCGGUGCC